GGUGUCUCCCACCUGAAGACCACAAGCAAGAUCCUGAGUGAUGCCCCUAAGCUGAGUGCCCGUGGCCCAAAGAGCCCCAUGACUCCCUCUUUCCCCAUGGAGAAAAGUUUCACUUUGCCCCAGGACUGCCGGGACUUCCUGCACGGUCUGAGGAUGAGGAGCAAAUAUGCUCUGUUUUUGGCAUUUGUGGUGAUAGUUUUUGUCUUCAUUGAAAAGGAAAAUAAAAUCAUAUCGAGGGUUGCGAACACACUGAAGCAGAUCCCCCAAGCCCUGGCAGAUGCCAACAGCACCGACCCAGCCCUGACCUUGGCUGAGAACGCAUCCCUGCUGUCACUGAGCGAGCUGGAUUCCGCCUUCGCCCAGCUGCGGAGCCGCCUGCACAACCUCAGCCUGCAGCUGGGUGUGGAGCCAGCCGAAGAGGAGGCCACAGGGGAGAAAGAAGAGGAAGAGGAGGAGGAGGAGGAGCGGUCCCCGUCUGCCAGGGCUGGGAAUCGACGCCACGUGCUCCUCAUGGCCUCCACCCGCACGGGCUCCUCAUUUGUGGGCGAGUUCUUUAAUCAGCAGGGCAACAUUUUCUACCUCUUCGAGCCGCUGUGGCACAUCGAACGCACGGUGUCCUUCGAGCCGGGCGGUGCCAGCGCGGCGGGCUCGGCGCUGGUGUACCGCGAUGUGCUCAAACAGCUGUUCCUGUGCGACCUGUACGUGCUGGAGCACUUCAUCAGCCCCCUGCCCGAGGACCACCUGACCCAGUUUAUGUUCCGCCGGGGCUCCAGCCGGUCCCUGUGCGAGGACCCCGUGUGCACACCCUUCGUCAAGAAGGUCUUCGAGAAGUAUCACUGCAAGAACCGGCGCUGCGGGCCCCUGAAUGUCACGCUGGCCGCCGAGGCGUGUCGCCGCAAGGAGCACAUGGCCCUCAAGGCUGUGCGCAUCCGACAGCUGGAAUUCCUGCAGCCUCUGGCCGAGGACCCCAGGCUGGACCUGCGCAUCAUCCAGUUGGUGCGUGACCCCCGGGCCGUGCUGGCCUCACGCAUAGUGGCCUUUGCAGGCAAGUAUGAGACCUGGAAGAAGUGGCUCACCGACGGGCAGGAUGAUCGGCUGCGAGAAGACGAGGUGCAACGGCUGCGGGGCAACUGUGAGAGCAUCCGGCUGUCCGCCGAGCUGGGACUGCAGCAACCCGCCUGGCUGCGCGGCCGCUACAUGCUGGUGCGCUACGAGGACGUGGCGCGCCGGCCUCUGCAGAAGGCGCGGGAGAUGUACCGCUUCGCAGGCAUCCCCCUGACCCCGCAGGUGGAGGACUGGAUCCAGAAGAACACCCAGGCGGCCCGCGACAGCAGCGACGUCUAUUCCACGCAGAAGAACUCCUCGGAGCAAUUCGAGAAGUGGCGCUUCAGCAUGCCCUUCAAGCUGGCCCAGGUGGUGCAGGCCGCCUGCAGCCCCGCCAUGCGCCUCUUUGGCUACAAACUGGCCAAGGAUGCCGCCUCCCUCACCAACCGCUCCAUCAGCCUUCUGGAGGAGCGGGGCACCUUCUGGGUCACGUAGAGGGCCUGGGUCACCAUGGACACCCCCCCCCACACACACCCCUAAUGGAAGGCCUGGCCGGCCUUUCU